AUGACCGGCCUCCGGAGAACCGGCAAAAAGGCCAUCGAGUUUAUGAUGAGUCCUCAAGAACUUGACGUGGCUUAUCAAAAGUUCACCACCCCGACCGCCGCUCCUGGAAACCCUACAUGGCCCGCAACGGAGCGCGAUUUGAAGAACAUCGGAUUCCAUUGGGACAAAAGGGAUCGCACACGGCAAGUUCUAGACACCCGGCCAGGGGCGGCGCCAGGAACUACAAGAACGGCCAAUGUCUUUCAUUGGCAAGCAGCAGCUCAGGCUGAGUCAAGAUCAAUCCAGAACUGGGUCAGAAGGAAUGGAUUUCAUGCGGUGAUCACGACAAUUGAGGUGCCACAAGAUGCCACAUUGGAGGAAUUCAAGGAGAUUAUGGCUGCCGCGGCUGAAGGGCUGUAG